CGCUAAGGGUGCUAAGCCUUUUCCACUCUUUUUCACUCACCUUGGUACACUGAUACCCACCGAGCCUCCAAUUUCAGCGGUAGUGCUCAUCUCCCUCGGUUCCGGCGAGCUCUUGAGCUCGUCGCCGAGCCGACCGUUCUGCUCUGCCCUCCGACACUGCUUGUGGACGACAAACAUCAACCGGGAACUCCACGCCGUCACGCACUGCUCCAGUCGACGCGCGAGGACUCCCUGAAGCUUCUCCGACCGUACCCGAGAACCGCCGUGCAGCCGUCCGCCACCGAUGGUACUUGCCCCGCACGUUCAGGACAACCGUUUUCCAACGACGGAAGGUUUCCCAAGAGAGCUUUGGCGGGCACUUCAAAUGUGUGGCUACGACGAGAGACCUGAAUACAAGGUGCACGAGGAAUUGGACCAUGCCACAGUAGUUGGCUACCAGGCUGAGGUAGUCAUCCUUGCCAAGGAUGAACCCGGGAGCCGCCCCUACCGUUUCAAGGGCAUCAAGACCAACAUCCCCCACACUGCCAUCCAGAUAGUCGCCUGGCAGGCACUCUCACGACUUCGAGUUCUACUGCCAGAGAUGGGGCAGCGCGCCUACCAUUACUAUCCAGGACAGGCGACGUCCUCCGAGCACUACAUUGCCCCUGACCCCAUCAACGAGCCCGAUCCAGCUACGGCACACAUGGCUUUCUACACCCGCAGUCAGGAUUACGCCCUUCGAUGUGUGAUCACCGACCUAGUGGAUUGUCGUCAGGAGCUUCGCGACACUCGAGCUCAGCUACGUCAACUCCAGCAUCAGGGACAGUCUUCAGGAGGUAGACAGAUGUCCACGCCCGUCCGCGACAUCCCCGUCGACACCGAGGAGCCACCUCCGAGGACGCGUCGCAAUCUUCUGACUGUUAGGCAGUACCUCCGCCAGUUCGUGUAUCCACCUACCAGGACUGAGGACUCCCCUCCAGCACAGCGUCUACGCCUAGCACCGUCUGUACCAGAGGAGGAUGAGGAGGCGAGUGAGGAAGACCCUGAGGAGCGUAUACCCGAGCCAGCGGACCCAACAGAGGAGGACGCCACUACCCCAUCUCACCGCGAGGAGUAGACCUUUAGGAUAGCUAGGUACUAGGAGCUCACCUCUCUGAGUAUGAGCUACUAUGUAUCCCCUCUAUCCGAAUUUAGGCGUCGAGAUCCAUGUGUACUAGGGGGUGAGUCUUUAUGUUGUGGUAUGUGUGUUCUGAUGUUGUAACUCCGAACUACACGUUCGGAGCAUUGUUGUAGUCGCACCCCCAUUCAUGAGUUUAUUGAGAUGAAGGGCCUUCUGGCCUUGUUU